AUGCUGGAAAAUGUAGGCACAGAGGAAGAGUUGGACUUUGAAGAUUUUGAAGAUUCUGGUUUGGAUCCAACCGAUGGGCUACUGGACCCAUCCUCUGGUCCAUCACCUGCCACCACCAGCUCAGCCGUCAUUCCAACUCCCACCUCUCUCCAGACCACUGCACGACCUUCAGGGCCUGCAUCUGAUAUCACUACAGUUGCACUUGAGCAACAACUGGUUGCAAAUGAGCAGACCACUGCACCCUCUGGCCCAACAGCUGUCCCCACCAGCCUAGCCUCUGCUCCUCAUUACAUUUCCAUCGUCUCAGCCUCUCUUGCCACUACUCCAACUACAGGUCCCUCUGGGCCACCUGCCAUGACUCCUGCAGCACCACAGCAACAGCUGGCUGUGGAUGAGCGCAAUAUCCCAGGGAUGGACAGAGUGGACAGCCUGGCACAGUACUUGGUGGGACUGAGGAAUGAAACUGGACAAACACUUAACUCCCAGCAGGCCAGUACCGUCAUAGCUCUGUGGCAGAACCUUCUACCAUAUGACCAGCAGCGUGUGACGUACUCUGCACGGCACCAGUCACGUCUGACAACAGGACGCUUCAGGUGCUCUAAAAAGAAACCUGAAUUCACGGAGCAUGACACGUUGUGUCCUAGGAUCGACAGGAUCCCCUGCCCAGUGUCCAGAUUGCUGUCGUCUGGUAGAGUGCAUUUUUGCAAAACUCUGUGA